GGUGGAGUGAGUCUUUUGAAGAAACUCUACAACCACAAACCAUGAAGGAAGAAGUCGGAGAGAGGAUUUGAUUGCAGUUUUAAAGUCAACAAUAUAUUUUGGAUUAAGAUUUGGAUACCAUAAUUUUAUUUGAUCACACUUAUCAUUGCAAUUAUUAUUGUAUUAUGUAUUUUCAUUAGGAUAUGUGUAUUUACAUUGCAAAUAAUCUGUAGAGCAAAAAAUGACUGUAAUUACAAUCUGUUAAAUUACAGUAGAUAUUAAUUAUAAUUACGUUAUAUGUUAUUUUUAGCGUGUAACAUUGUAAUGCCAAGUGUAACAGUUUGUUUAUAGCUAAUGAACAAAUUUAAGCAUGUGUUGUAAAUGCACAGAGAUGUAAAUUCACUCUAAAGGGUGGAAAUAUACAUAUCCGGAUUUUCUUGCAGACUAGCAGUGGAUAUUCAAAAUUAUGCAGGUUUCACGGAUCCGCGCUGCGCGUAAAAGCGAGUGGCUGAAAUGCGCUCUCACCCACCACUUCAAUCCUGAUCCCGGUGUGGAAAACGAGAUCGUGGUCUUGGCAACCGGUGUGGACCAGUAUCUCCAGGAGGUUUUUCAUCAUCUCGCGUUUUAUAAGGGCGAUGAUCUCGUAUCCGAUGAGGAUUUUAGGAUGUUGUGUUUGAUUUUGGGGAUCUCAAUAAGCGCAGAAACGGAAAAUGGCACAAAAGAGCACGAGGACAUAUGUUACGGACUUCCUCACGCGCUUAACUUCAAAGAGUUCCAUGCUCGACUUUGUGGAUUUUUCUCCAUCAAAGCGCAGGAAGUACAGACGACAGGACGACUGCCCGUUAGUGAGGAGACAGAACUCAUCGAGCGUGAAAUUAGACUCCGUUGUCCCCGCGUCCGGAGGAGAAAGUGCGUGAGUUUUGACCUCUCUAAAGAUCAUCAGACAAGGAGGAGGUCAUUGAGGGGAUCUGGACAGACUCAGAAUCUGGAUCAGAGUCCGGCUUUGGAGUCCAGGAGGAACACUGUGUUGGAUAUUAACCCUCAGAGUAGAUGGCAGGACCAGCUAGAGUUGGAAAACGGCAGUCUGAGAGAGCUGGUGGAGGACUUGCGUUCAGCUCUACAGAGCAGCGAUGCACGGUGCAUGGCACUGGAAGUGGCAUUACGCCGAAAACAAAUUCCACCACAACCAACUGCUGCAACCACACCUGGGAGAAAAGACUACAGUGUUUGGGCCAAAGCAAAAACCCAACAACCCAAACAUAAGGAAUGGGACUACAGAAGAAGCACGAAAGACCUCCAACGAGAGCUGGAACUGAUUCGAGCGUCUCGUGAUGGACAACUUGAGGAAGCCAUUAGGUUCAACCAGAGGUUAGAGGAAGAGCUGAUGGCUGCUUAUAGAGAGCUCAGCAGGAUGUGGGAGAUGGUGGGUAGUGUCAAAAGAGAAAAUGCCCGAAUCAAGAAGAGGGCAGAGGAGGCUAGAGGGGCCCUGGCUGCAGGACUUGAGGGUGUAAGGGCCUUACAAGACCAGGCCCAACAAGCUGAUCUGCUUCGAGACAGAGUACAGAAUCUAGAAGUCCAUCUGGAGAAGUUCAGGGCCAUGUGCACCUGCAGGGAGCUGAAUAUGAACAGAACAGACAUACUUGUAGAGCCAUGUGAGUCUGGAUUUCCUUCCUCCACCAGUCUAAAUGAUGCCUUCAUCAGAAGAGAAGAGGGCCUGCAGAGGUCAGUUGAAGGUCGGGCUGCUUCUGAUGAGGAAGAGGAGGAAAUAGGGGUGGAUGAAGGACAGUGCUGUCUCCUGGAGGUAAAACGAUUGAUCAACAGAUUGCAUGGGUGUCAAAAAACUGCUAUUUGUCACUGGCUCGUUUCUCAGAAGACUUCUUCUAACAGCAGAGAACUCCACGGAUCUCCUGGACUGAGAGAAACCAAAGGACAAGUGUGGAUUUCUCAAGCAGAUGAAAAGGCACACAAACCUGUAAAGAUACAGCAAAAAGACAGGAACAGUUUAAGACAGGAAGUUCAGAUGGUGGAUACAGAGAGAGAACAUAGAUCACUGCUGGAUGAGAGACUCAUUUUACCACUGCAUCUACGAGAUAAGAGAGUCUCUCACAAAGUUUUGGGGAAAAUUCUAAUCAACACGCUAGACCUGUGUACCAGAAAAGGCCCCGACUGCACCCCAGUUUUCAUUGUAGUGGACACGCUGUGCCAGCAGCUCCUUUCCAGUCAACUCCUAGAUGGAGAGGAGUUCAGCGCCGGGGCUCGACCUUCUGUGACCCUAGGUCACCGAAAUAUGUCCAACCCCCUUCUGAUGUCCUGUUGAGAGUGGUACAGAUGUCACAUCACCGACAAAGAUCUUCACUUAAACCAUUGUACGUCUGUGUUUGUGCGUUUAUUUACAUAAACAUCUGCUUCAGAUAUGAGCAUGUGCUCACAUGGUACUUCAAUUGUUUGAGAAACAGUUGACACUUAUGACUUUCUUACAAAAUCACUUUAUGUUAUAUUGAUUGCUAAGCUAAUAACAAUAAAACAUUUUGUACAAAAUUAAGAAAUAAGCAUAUUUAUUCCAAAAUUACAGUAUUUCAAUAUUCUUAUUUGACCUAUUUUCGAAUUAUUCAGCUUGUAGAUAAAUGUGAAUGAGUCACUGAUAUCUGUUGAAUGCCACUGAAACUUAGAUAUGACAUCACUGCAUGUGACAGUGUCACAUUUCCAUUCCCCACUGUUACAAUGCUUCGGCUCAUUGAGACAAGGGAAAAACCAAUGCAUUAUAUAUAAGACUUUCCUUAUAAAAGUCAGACACACUCUGUUCAGGACACAGCAUUUCUAUGUGGAUGUCAGAGGGUAAACUAUCUAAAUCAUUAAGAUUCUUUAAGAAAAAUCUGGAAAGUUUGUCUCCUUUCAUCUCCCAUUCAUUGUCCAGACAAGCUCAUUGUCAGACAUACUCAUUGUUAUCCAUGUCAAUCCCAUUUAUUCCUCCCAAUCCGACUGAGCCUCUCUUGUUCUGGAAACAUAUCUGCUGAGUUAUGCAUCUGGUUAAUUCACUUAAAUCAUCUGCACUGAUUGAUAAGGUUCUGAACAUUAUCUCUUUAAUACACUCUGAUAGUAAAGAGCCAAUAGAUUUGGUGACAUUGUGAUACACCGGAGAAAAUACCUGAUGCAAGGCCAUGGAAAAUGACGUCAACUGAAUUGGUUCUUAAUGUGUGAAACAACACUUUAAAUGGAAGAUUACAAGUUUUCUCUUGUAAUCAUGUUGAAAUGUUUAGUUUGCACGGCUUCCUGGAAUAUUUGAUUUGGAUAGGCUAAUAUUAGCAUUAUGUGGCCAAAUAUUUGUGACUGCUGGACUGUACCCAAUGACUGUUGUGUCCCCACUGUAAAAAAAUAUUUUGUCAGUGAACCUAAAAAUGUGUCUCAUGUGGUAACGUCUAAAUGAACUGGUUUUAUUCACAUCAAAAAUGUUAUUUAACAUGAUUACAUAAACCUCACAAAUUAAGUUACACCAACAAAAGUAGUAUUCCACAACUGCAGUUUACUUCUUUUUCCAACAGGCAACCAAUUUCCUGUAUAAUGUAGCUGUGCUAUUUUAAUGUUUUUCAUAUUACUCUGAGGACUUUUUCAAACUGAAUAUUUUAAGUUGUUUUACAGUACAUCUUGCUAAGUAGUUGUGUAAUAAGCAGAAUAAUACAGUCAGUCGGUCACAAAAUCACAAAAUAAAACCCUUCAGACCCUUACAUUGGGGCCUAUGUAAUUAUUGAUCCCUUAACAAUGAGCUGUAAAUAUCAGUAGGAUACAUCCCUCUUUGUCCUAGUCAACUUUCAUGAAAAGUCUGUGGCAGUGUUAAUUUUCAUUAAAGUGUUUCAUUAAAGUCAUAGUUUUUGUCUUUUGAUGAAACUG